UCCUUCUGAGUUUGGAUUUUGAAUCAGCAUCCCAGAGGCACUGAGCUGGUCCCACUUCUCAGAGGUCUGGGACAGAGGCCCCAAACCUCCACAAUAUUAUCCUCUACUUUAGUGGCGGCAACAGUGACUGCUGCUGCUGCUUCUACUGCUUCAAAGGAUCAGAAACGGCUUGUCUUCCUGCUGUUUGCUACUUUGAAAUACUGUUUGCUACGUGGAAAUAUUCUAAACUCAGGACCUACUGCCAGUUCUACCAUGUCCAGCAAUACCAUAUCUAAUGCCGUCCAGGGAACCAAGGGCAAGAAGCACAGCAUUGUCAUCAAUAUGACUGUAAAAGACCAAAAUAUGGCAAAGAAGUUAACAUCAUCAGCAUCUUCAGCUAGGCGAAUGAGUUACACCAGCACUAUGCAAGCCAGCAAGAUGGGAACAUUGGUUCGAAGGAGCAUUCUGAUUUCUGAUGGGAAGAAUGUGGAUAAGGGAGCACUUGCAAGUAGUAAACAUUCUAUCCAGGUUUUUGAUGAGCUAGGAAGAGAUGUGACGCCUCGUUCCCUUUACCAACCAGAAGCAAGUUCUGCCAUGCAUCGACAAAGCAAAAUCUUAUCAGGACAUGAUUUUGCUGGGGUCACUCAGACAGAUUUCUUAUCUUCUUUCUCUGUACAUCAAACAUCUGGAACCAGUAUUAGUUUAGCAGGACCAUUCUCCAGGACUUAUGGUAGUAUCAGUAUUACUAAGUCAACCACUUCUACAGAAUCAAUGGCAGAAGAAAUAGUAGAACCUGGAUCUAGACGAGAAACAGCUAGUAGUUUAAUAGAUGUUCAAGUCAGGCGAGAGGAAGUGCAGGAACCACUGACAAAAGAAGAGCUAGAAAAGGUUGUUGAUAUUUACCUCACAGAGACAGAAACCAUUUGGAUAUUUGAUAUGCCAACUGUCAUGGUAUCUUCAGAAUCGGAGGAAGCUGACAAAGUGAGGCAACAGAAUAUAGAAUACAUGGAACUCUGUAAAAACAGAGUUGGCAAUGACCGCUAUACUGACAGAAUGAUGCAAACACUGAAUGGUGCACCAAAGACCAAGGAGGUGCAGUGUGACAAAAUUGUCAUGGCUGACAAAGAGAUAAUGGCCACCAACUGGGAUUUAUAUGAUUCCUUUAGUGCUUUGGAGGCCGUAGUUGCAGAAAAAACUAGCAGACCAGUAACCGUGACUAGCAGUAAAUCGGCUGUCAAAGAACAUGAUAAAACCACUUCUUCAGUUUCUGAGGACAGAGCGAGCAUCACAUCAAGCUCCAUCAUUGAUCUUGAAAGUGUAAUACUCUCCCAGAUCCAUGAAGAGGAAGAGGACCGCUCAGAAGCUAUAAUGAAAUCUGAAAAAUUUCAACAAGAUUUAUUUUAUAUGGAGAGAGUUCUAAUGGAGAAUAUUUUUCAGCCUAAACUUGCAGCUUAUCGGCAGCUUCCUGUCUUCAUAGAGCCAGAUGUCAAAUCUGCAACUACUAUACUUGAUUCUGACGAAGAAUUAGAAAAGGAGGAGGAAGAGGAGGAAGCGGUGGAAGAGAGGGAACCUUCAGUUUCUUCCUCCCUGUUGCUAGAACUAGGUGAAGUAGCAAAAGAAAUCCCACCUCCCUUUCUGGAACCCUUGUGGUCUUAUGGAUGUCAUCCAACAAAAGGCAACAGUGUGAGCUGCAUGGCUUGGAACAAACUGAACCCUGAUCUUUUGGCUGUUGGUUAUGGGCACUUCCGUUUUAAGGAGCAAAAGACAGGCUUGGCUUGCUGCUGGUCGCUGAAGAACCCAAUGUGGCCAGAGCGCAUCUAUAUGUGCAGUUAUGGGGUAACUGCCUUGGAUUUUUCUGUUGCUAACCCAAACCUUCUAGCAGUUGGGAUGUUUAAUGGGACAAUUGCAGUCUACAAUGUCCAGACCCAUCAUUCUACUUCAGUUUUAGAUACCAGUGAAUCUUUUGACAAACACUUAGGCCCAGUGUGGCAGCUGAAGUGGGUAGAGCAGGACCGGGGUACCACAGGAGAAGACAAAGGAGAGAUAUUAGUGUCCAUAUCAGCUGAUGGCAGAGUGACUAAAUGGUUUAUUCGGAAAGGUCUCAGCUGCACAGAUCUAAUGAAACUAAAGCGAACAGCAAGUGAAAAGAAAAAAGUAGGAGCAGAAAAGAAAAGUGAAGCACUGAUAUCUCGACAAGCUCCUGGACUGUGCUUUGACUUCCAUCCAACGGACACUAAUAUAUACCUGGCUGGAACUGAAGAAGGCUAUAUUCACAAAUGCUCUUGCUCUUACAAUGAACAAUACCUGGAGACUUAUAGAGGACACAAAGGUCCCGUGUACAAGAUAGCAUGGAAUCCAUUCAGCACUGAAGUUUUUCUCAGUUGCUCUGCAGACUGGAAUAUUAUGUUGUGGCGCCAAGAUUCCAUUCGCCCCAUUUUAAGUUUCAGUUCCACAGCCAAUGUUAUUUAUGAUAUCAUGUGGUCUCCCAAUUCAGCAUUUGUGUUUGCAGCAGUGAACGAAAUUAGAGUGGAAAUCUGGGAUCUUAGUGUCAGCACACUAGAUCCCCUGAUUGUGAAUCCUGCCAUUGGAAAUUUGAAAUUUACAACUGUACUUUUCGCUAAGAAUGCGGAUUGUGUUCUGAUUGGGGACAGUGAAGGAUUAGUCACUGUGUAUGCGCUAAGAAAUUUGAUUGCCUCAGAUAGCAAGAAGGUGGACGCUUUGCAUGAUGUCAUUGGCUCUAAUCUGAUUAUGGAUAACUUCCUGUGACUCAACUUUCCACACUGUAUAUAUAGGUGUAGUGGACAAGACACACAUUCAGAUUUGGUGACCUAAGGGAAGACGUGACCAGUACAGCAGUAGGAAAAAGUAUAGCUCCAUUCUUCUUCAGGGAACAGUUGGCCGUGCUAGCUGCUUUAUAGAUGCAGAAGUGGGCAAGAGUGGCAGAAACCACAAUGCCUUUGUGUUUGCAAAGUCCGCACUCUGCAUGGCAAUGGACACUGGUGUGUUUGUGCCCAGCAAUCCCACUUCGACUCUGGACAGAGUGAGUGUUCCACCACUGAUUGUGGUGGAACACAGUGCUGCCUACCCAAUAAGGAGAUGGCCUAUGAAGCCUUACAGUAGACCCAGGAACCAUCAGGAGAGGCACUUCAAUUAUGCACUGAGCAGGGCAUGGAAUGUGCUGGAAUGAGCCUCCAGUUGGUUGAAAGCUCAUUGGUACUGCCUCUCCUCCAGGCUGACUGUAUUUGAGAAGAACAUUACCAGUGUGAUUACAGCCUGUGCUAUCUUGCACAAUGUAUGCAAGAUCAAGGAUCAUGCCAUGCUUCAAGACUGCUUCCAGUCAUAGUCACUGUUCAUGCCAAUUAAUUCUAAUAUGAAACAGGUGAUAAGAAGCACUUGGAUGCUGGCAAAGAAGCGUGGGAUGUUCUUGCUAGGUAUUUAGAAAUAAACUUACCGGAUGUCGGUGUGGGAAGAAAG